AUGAAAGAUUUAGGGUCGCUUUUAUACAAGCUCAAUGUGACCGCUGUGGCCGAGUUGUGUGACGAUGACUUUGAAGAGCACGUUCUUGAGUAUACCAAGGACAAAUCAGGGCUUUAUUUGCAUGGACUCAAUUUUAACACUAUCCAAUUCAAGUCGUACCCAAUGGAUAAAGUGGAUGCAUUUGCACGGGAAUGGGGGUUUAUUCCAACAGCAUACUUUAUAAAGAACGACUUUGACUCGUUGUGGGACUUUCUCAACAAAGCAGCGGAAACAGGGACUUAUGAAGGACAAGAAGUGGAAGGAUUUGUGAUUCGAUGUCGAGAAAACGGCAAUGACUUCUUCUUCAAGUACAAAUUUGAAGAACCCUAUCUUCUCUACCGUCAGUUCCGUGAGACUACCAGAGCCCUCAUGCGUGGAGAACCCAUACCUGAGAUUGUUGCAAAGCAAAAAAAACACAACUACAUCAUUGGCAAGUACCUUGAUUUUACCGAGGCUCUUUUUGAGAAAGAACCGGUUUUGAUGGAUCAGUUUAAUGAUAACCACAGUAUCAUCAAGGUCAGAAAGUUGUUCAUGGAAAAGUUUGGUUUGAGUACCAACAACGGGAUGGAGUUGUUGAGCUACGAUAAACUUGAUGAACAAAUGAAAACCUUAUCUGUUGGAGAGGUGGUGUACAAGUAUGUCAUAGUCCCAAUAUCGACUAUUGGAUGUGGUAAAACCACUACGUUUUCCACUUUAACAGGCAUUUUCCCCGAAUGGGGCCAUGUUCAGAACGACGAUAUUAGCAAGUCGAGCAAGCAAAAACUCGUGGAUAGAACCUUGGCGAUGCUCAGACACCGUGACGUUGUUUUCAGCGACAGAAACAAUCACCAAUUUAGAGAAAGAGCCCAGCUUUUCAAACAGACGAAUCAAGUUCGAUCCAAGUAUUUGCCGGCAAAUGUUGUGAUAAAGUUUGUGGCUGCAAAUUUUGUGCCGAACGAUCUCAGUGAGGAAGAAUUGUGGAAUGUCACCUACAAAAGAGUGGCAUUACGGGGCGAUAACCACCAGUCCAUAAAGUUUAGUGAAGAUAGAAAACUUGCAGAGAGUGUCAUGGAGGGGUUUGUUCGUCGGUUUCAGCCAUUGAAUGUUGAAAGAGAGCCAGAUUCGAAUUUUGACCAUGUUAUCAAUUUGAGUCUUGGGAAAGAUUCAUCGUUGCAAAAUGCGAAAAAGAUAUUGAGUGAAUUAAGAAUAAUCACUGGUAUGGAAAUUAAACUGGUAGCAGACACCGAGUUCCAAGAGUCAUUCGAAAAAGCAUUGGGGUACACACCAUCGUUUACCAAGACAUUUAGUAAACCGAAACCGGAGGCUGAGGCACCCAAAAAAAAAGAAAAAAAAGUCACCUACUACGGCAUUAAAGUAUCCCAUCCCAAAGACUUGGUAAACACUGUGAAUGGUUCACUGACGUCUGAGCUAUGGGAGCUGUUGAAAACAGAAAAUCUCGUCCAAAAAGAGUUUCAUGUCACUCUUGCGCAUACUGCUUCGGCGUCCACCGAGGAAGGUCAAAAGGUAUGGAAUGGCAUUGCGGGGCUUUUCGGCUCUCCACAGCCUAAAAACAAGAAGCAGAAGCAAGUUUUGGUCGAUUUUUACUGCGAUAUCCAGCUUCAAAAACUCAUCUUUUGGAACAAACAUCUUGUAUGUAUCGAAGUGGGAGUCCCCAAAUUUUACGAUUCCGAGUUCAACUCAAUUGACCACCCACCGCUCAAGCAGACCCUCCACAUAACAUUGGGAACCGCUGGGCCCGAAAUCAAGCCGGUUUUGUCAAACAAGGUACUUGAAGAAUUAGCAGCCAAUCCAGCAUUAACAGAACUAGAUGGUGAAGAGGUUAGCACCCAACCCAUCGAGGGACUGCUCGAGAAACAGAGGUGUUUUUGUUUCUACUAG